CGGAAAAGCAAAGUAACAACAACAACACAUAGCAUCCAAUAAACAUCUCUCUCUAAACAUUUUCUCUCUCCUCAAUCUAUUCUGAAUUAUUUCUUCUCUGCGAAUCUUCAAGCUCCAGCCAUGGCGUCUGGGUCCUCGGGUCGCGGCAACUCUGCCACCAAAGGCUUCGAUUUCGCUUCCGAUGACAUCCUCUGCUCCUACGACGACUACGCCAACCGCGAUUCUAGUUCCAACGGCAAUCACGCCGAUCCGGUAACUUCUCCCAAUUCAACUAAGGAUUUUCACAAAUCAAGGAUGGCAAGGACAUCAAUGUUUCCUACUACGGCCUAUAAUCCACCUGAAGAAUCUUUAAGCCAAGAUGUGAUUGUGACUGUAGAGAAGAGUAUGAAAAAAUAUGCUGACAAUCUCAUGCGGUUUCUUGAGGGAAUUAGUUCCAGGCUAUCACAGUUGGAAUUAUACUGCUAUAAUCUUGACAAAUCUAUUGGAGAAAUGAAAUCUGAUUUAAAUCGUGACCAUGCGGAGCAAGAUUCGAGGCUGAAAUCUCUUGAAAAGCACCUCCAAGAAGUUCACAGGUCUGUACAAAUUUUAAGAGACAAGCAAGAGCUAGCUGAUACUCAGAAAGAAUUAGCCAAGCUUCAACUUGCUCAGAAAGAAUCAUCUUCCUCGAGCCAUUCACAGUCCAAUGAGGAGAGAUCUUCACCUACUACAGAUCCUAAGAAAACUGAUAAUGCAUCUGAUGCAACCAACCAGCAGUUGGCUCUUGCCUUGCCUCAUCAAAUUCCCCCUCAACAGCAGCCUGCAGCACCCCCAACUCAACCUCCUGCACAAAAUGUGACUCAAGCCCCUCAACAGCCUCCUUAUUACAUGCCACCCACCCCUCUGCCGAAUCCAGCCGUGGCCCAGCACCCCCAGAACCAGUACCUACAUUCUGAUCAACAAUAUCGAACACCCCAAAUUGUGGCUCCACAACCAGCACCAUCUCAAGUGACCCCAUCCCCAGCUGUGCAACAAUUUUCUCACUAUCAGCAGCCACAGCAACAUCCACAGCCACAGCAGCCGCAGCAACAACAACAAUGGGCACAGCAGGUGCAACCUUCACAGGCACCCCCAAUGCAAUCUCAAGUAAGACCUCCCUCUCCAUCUGUGUACCCACCAUACCAGCCAAAUCAAGCAACAAACCAAUCACCUUCAGAAACACUGCCAAACAGCAUGACCAUGCAAAUGCCAUAUUCAGGAGUUCCACCACCAGGUUCUAGCCGAGAUGCCAUGACAUAUGGAUAUGGAGGAGCUGGCAGAACAGUUCCACAGCAACCUCCACCCCAGCAGAUGAAGGGCUCUUUUCCUGCACAGCCAGGUGAAAUGUAUGGACCUACCGGGAACCUCUCAGCGCUUCCUCCUCCUAGUAGUGCAUACAUGAUGUAUGAUGGUGAGGGAGGAAGAACACAUCAUCCACCCCAACCACCAUCUCAUUUUGCUCAACCUGGAUAUCCUCCAACAAGUGCUUCCCUUCAGAACCCCCCAGGUCACAAUCUUAUGGUCCGGAAUCCGAACCAGUCGCAAUUUGUCCGCAACCAUCCCUACAAUGAGUUGAUUGAGAAAUUGGUGAGCAUGGGAUUCAGGGGUGACCAUGUGGCAAGUGUGAUCCAGAGGAUGGAGGAGAGUGGACAGGCCAUUGAUUUCAACUCAGUACUUGACAGGUUGAAUGUGCAUGGCUCUGUGGGUCCACAGAGAGGAUGGUCUGGGUGAUGAACAACUUUUCUGAACAGUUACUAUGUCUACCAAACUGAAUACUCUGUUCAAACCCUCAAAUCAUUGCGUGUUUUAUUAUGCAUGGAAUAAAAGUUUUAUUUAGUGUGUACGGUUUAUGAUCUUGUGUAAAAAUGUCUCGGUGAGGAUUAUCUAGUAUUUAUGCAGAAAAUCCCUCACUUGCUCUUUUCUAUUUUUUAAAAAUUUAUAUUUUAAAGUAUAUGAAACUUUAGAUUAUUGAUAAUCUACUCGUUUGUUAUCUCUAUACAACUUUUACUUUAAGAAA